AUGAUCAGGGUAUUGGGAAUAUUGCUUACCGUGGGGCUGGUGGUGGUCGAAGGAGCGCUGCCGACCCAAAUUAAUCUGUUGGCGGAGCACGAAGUGUCCUCCAUGGCGGACUACGAACGGCUCCUGGAUCUGCGCUCCUUGCCUAUGGAGUUCUAUCGGGAAUUCCGGAACAUUUCAACGGCGGAUGUGCACCUCCUGGGAGAGCGGUUUGGGCCAGAAGAUCUACAGUGCCUGGCGGAUAUGGCUCAGUUUAUGAGUGCCCUUAGUGCCCCCAAGGCGUGGGCCCUAAAAAUGAUCGACGCGUGGGGCACCAUUCCAUCGGGAUAUCUCAGGGGCAACCGCGUCGACAUGGGCAACUACGGGGAGUGCCUGUCCGUGGAGGGGAUCAUCAGCGUAUCGCAGAACAUCAAGGGAAAGUACUGCCUUAUGGAGCUGCCGGUGGCCAAGUGGUUGGGCUUCACUUCGGAGCAACUGGCGGAGACCAACAUGAAGACCGCUCUGUGCCUGCCCUCCUCCUGCUCGGCGGACACCAUGGAGCUGUUCCUCAAGCAGCUGCUCCAGCGGCUCCUUGGCGUCAGCGACAUGAGCAAUUGGUUUUCCAUCAGCGAGGCAUCGUGCAGAACCAAGGAUGACGAACCCUGGGAUGGGCUCACCAUAUUCACCGUCGUUCUACUGUCCGUAUUUGGCACUACGGUGAUUCUGUGCACCCUCUACGACUACUUCCUGUGUCCGGAACAGGAUAAGCUACCCCGACCCAUUAGGGCCUUCUCAGCACGAGCCACGUCGCGUACGCUGUUCACCAUUGUGGAGAACAAGGCGAAUCCGAAUGUGAUCCACUGCCUCAAUGGCAUGCGGUGCAUGUCCCUGAUCUGGGUAAUCUUCGGCCACGAGUACAUCAUCAACCUGAAAGGUCCCGCCAUCAAUCCAGCGGACAACUUGCGAUGGAUGUCGCAGCUCUUCUCCAGCUUCAUACUCUACGGCACUUUUUCGGUGGACACGUUCUUUUUCAUCAGUGGCUUGCUAUUGGUAUCGAUUGGCCUCCGCGGCAUGGAAAAAACCAAGGGAAAGCUAAACGUACCGCUGAUGUAUCUGCACCGAUACCUGCGUCUCACUCCUAUCGUAGCCGUUGCCAUACUGGUUUACUUCAAGAUGCUACCCCUCCUCGCCGACGGUCCUCUGUAUGAUACAGUGGGCUUCUUGGACUACUCCGUGUGCAAGAAAUCCUGGUUCUGGACCUUGCUCUACGUCCAGAACUACGCGACUGCCGACGUGUGCUUGGCCCAUACCUGGUACUUGGCGGUGGACAUGCAACUGUACAUCCUGUCUCCCAUCCUGCUGAUCGGGCUCUACAAGUGGGGUAAGAAGGCGGCCGGAGGUAUCCUGGUGGUCACUUUGUUGCUCUCGGCCUGCCUGUUUGCCACCAUAAUGGUUAAUGACUUCCCUGUAAUGUUCAAGGAUGGAAGUCAGGUUGAAGAGAUUCAGGAGAAGAUCUACUACGCCACGCACACCCAUGCGGCGCCCUGGCUGAUCGGUACUAUGUUCGGUUACCUCCUGCAUCUGAUCCGCGGCAGGAGACUCCACAUAAGCCUCCUGGCUGUCUGGGCAGGCUGGCUGCUCUGUCUGGCCCUGCUCCUCACCUCGAUCUUCGCCUUGUACCCGUACUCCAAGCUGCUGGGCAAGUCGCCUUCGGUUUUGGAAGGGGCCCUCUACUACACACUGGCCCGGAUUGCCUGGCCAUUGGCUCUAUGCUGGGUGGUCUUCGCAUGCAUGCAGGGCCAUGGAGGUCUGGCCAACAGCUUCCUCUCCUCUCCACUUUGGCAGCCCCUGUCCAAGCUCUCCUACUCCGCCUACAUCUGGCACAUCUUCAUCGAGGAGGUCAAUAGCAGACGCGUUCAGACCAACACGUACUUCUCCAACUAUGAUGUGAUGCUCAGCUUCUGGUCCACCUUGGGGUUCACCCUGCUUAUGUCCUAUGUGCUCUACGUUAUAAUUGAGGCGCCUCUGGAGGGUUUGGAAAGAAUGAUGUUUCCCAAUCACCGAAGUGCCCCAGCCGGAGAGAAUCAGCCGCAAGCCGAGUCCCAAACGAAAGUCGUGGACCGGAUGGAGGAGCAACCCGAGCAGCUUAGUGAUUCCCAGACCGAGCUAGAAUCUACUAUCCACAAAACAGAGACUGACCUCGAGUUAUCAAAUUAGCCUUAGUUAGAAUGUACACUUAUCAGUUUCUAUUCAACCUUUAUUAAAACGAAGUACUUGUAAUAUA